AUGGCAUUUCGCAUUUAUUUGCAUUGUAUAUACAUUACAAUACUUUUCCUAUCCAUAAGUAACAUCAAUGGAUUUGAAGAAGUUGCAAGAUCCAACUUACUUAAGAAACUUAAAAAUUUGGGCUUUUCAUGGGCAAACUGUGGCCCAAAUACUGAUCCAAUUCAAUUGAAAUCUCUUUCUGUUGCUCCUGAUCCAAUAGUCAUACCAGGAAAUGUAACUUUCAGCAUAGGCGUUGGUGUUACGUCUGCAUUACCUACAGAUAUUUCUAUAUCAGUGAAUAUGGAAAAAAAAGUUGCAGGCUUAUAUAUUAAAAUACCAUGCAUCGAUAACAUAGGUUCAUGUAAUUAUGGUAAUCUUUGUGAAGCAUGGGCUGAAGUAUGUCCUAAAUAUUUUUCAAAAUUUGGUCUUCCAUGUACUUGUCCAAUUCCUGCUGGUGCCUAUUCAAUACCUACUACAGUUGAAUAUAUAAAAGGCAGUUUACCACCGGAAAUCUUGGGAGAUUUUCGAAUAAGCGGUGAUCUUCGUUCAAGUUCUGAUCAUCUUGGUUGUAUUCAAGUCAUGGUUUCUCUUAAGUAA